AUCGCUCUCACACACUCAAUUCUCUCUCUACACACGCAGAUGGUUUCAGCUAAAGGCAAGGAGAAGGCAACUGAUUCCGACGGAAAGGGGAAGAGGAAGUGGACGGCCGACGAUGACAAGACCGGGCGGAAACGGAAGUACCCCGGCGUGGCUCAGUACAUCGAUAUCUCCGCCUACCGGGACGACAAAGGGGAAGAUUCCAGCGAGGACUCCAGCGAAGAUUUCAGCGACGAUUCCGGCUACGACAGUGAAACAUUUGAGGAUGUAUCUGGCUCAAAGUUUAAAGUGAACAAUGAUCCCGGGAAAGCAUCUUACCAUUCUGAAGUUAAAGAAGAAGUGAUGAGUGAGGAAGAGUACGAUCGGAUGAUGGAAGAGAGAUACAAACCUGGAAGUAGUUUUGUUACUUAUGCAGAAGAUGGUUAUGAUAAGCAAAAUACCGUUGAAAGCAUUUAUGUGCCAUCUUCCAAGGAUCCAACGAUAUGGAAAGUCAAAUGCAUGGUUGGACGAGAGAGGCACUCAGCAGUCUGUCUUAUGGAAAAAUUUGCGGACAUGACACAAUUGCAAAAUAAGCUGCAGAUAGUGUCUGCAUGUGCACUCGAUCAUGUGAAGGGUUUUAUUAUUGUGGAAGCUGACAAGCAGCAGGAUAUAUAUGAGGCAUGCAAAGGUCUUUCCACCAUAUAUUUGAGUAAAGUCACAGCCGUUCCGAUUAACGAAAUCUCGCGUCUAUUAACAGUUAGAAGCAAGUCUAGUGCAAUAACAAAAGACAUGUGGGCCCGUGUGAAGAGCGGGAGAUACAAAGGUGAUCUGGCAAAGGUUGUUGCGGUGAAUGAUGAACGGAAGAAAGUCACUGUGCAACUGAUACCAAGGAUAGAUCUAAAAUCAUUGGCUGAAAAAUUUGGUGGAGGAAUUCCUUCUAAAAGAACAGCCGUCCCUGCACAGAGGCUGAUUACCCCUAGCGAGCUUGAGGAGUUCCGUCCUCUUAUUAAUAUUCGGCGAGACCGCGAUGCUAACAUGACGUUUGAAAUUCUUGAUGGGAUGAUGCUGAAGGAUGGCUAUCUGUACAAAAAGAUAGCAAUGGACUCAUUGAGUUUUUGGGGUAUAGUGCCAACUGAAGAUGAGCUCUUGAAGUUUGAGCCAGCAAAGAAGGAUGAAUCUACUGACGUACAGUGGCUUACACAACUUUUUGGUGAGAAGAAAAAGAAGGAAGUCAAGCGUAUUAAGCCUGACAAAGGGAAAGGGGGUGGAAAAGGAGAGGGAUCCUCUAGUGCCAAUGCCGAAAAUGAUUUUGAAUUGCACGACCUUGUAUUUUUUGGUCGGAAGGAUUUUGGUGUUGUAAUUGAAACACAGAAGGAUGAUACUGUCAAGGUUAUAAAAGAAGGUUCAGAAGGACCACUAGUUGUCAAUGUUAAACAAAGUGAGCUGAAAAUUGCAUCAUUUGACAGAAAAUUAUUCACUGUGUUGGAUCAACACUCAAAUACUUUAACAGUCAAUGAUGAAGUUCGUGUUUUGGAUGGUCCAUUGAAGGGUAGAGAAGGCAUUAUUAAAAAAAUCUAUAAAGGGGUACUGUUUUUGUAUGAUGAGAGUGAACAGGAGAAUAAUGGCUACAUAUGCAUCAAAGCACAAGUAUGCGAGAAAGUCAAUCUUUCUGGUGAUGACCCAAAUGAAAAGGAAGGUGAGCCAGAACCUUCAGGUUUUGCAGAUUUGUUGUCUUCCCCAAAAUCUCCACUGUCUCCUGAUAAAUCUUUGCAAGAGAAGGAUAGCAAAAGCAACUUUGCACGUGAUGAUACUGGGAUGUUCUCUGUUGGCCAGUCAUUACGAAUCCGUGUAGGCCCUUUAAAGGGUUAUAUUUGUCGAGUGUUAGCUGUUCGUCGGUCUGAUGUCACAGUGAAAUUGGAUUCUAAGCAUAAAAUUAUUACUGUGAAAAGCGAGCAUUUGUCUGAAGUUCGCGAAAGGAAUCCUGCCAUCGUAAAGGGAGAGGAUUCCGGGUCUGUAAAACCAUUUGAUUUUCUUGGUGGACAGGACGGUUCAAGAGACUGGAUGGAUGCGGCGCCAUUGUCAACAGAGGACAAUCAAUGGAAUGCAGGCGGAUCUAUGGGAAGGUCUUCGUGGUCUUCUGUUCCUUCCUCUGAUGCCUCUAUCCCCAAGGAAUCUGGUUCCAGUGAUCCUGCAGAUAAUCCUAAGAAAGAAGAAUCUUCUUGGCAAUUAAAAGAGACUCCAAACCAGAGUUCUUCAUGGGGUGCAGCUGCAACCAACACUGGAACAGGCUGGGGCAAAGCUGUUGAGCCUCAAUCACGCAGUUCUGGUGAAGCAUUAAAAGAUGAUUCUUGGGGCAAAGCUGCAGAAAAGUGGAACAGCGGAGGUGAUGCUUCUGCUAGUAAAGCGGUCUGGGGUCAGACUGCUGUUUCAUCUGGGAAACAGAUCGGUGGAGAUCUUGAUCAACCAGAAACAAGUGCAUGGGGUAGCGCAGGCGGUACAUCGAAUGUUGAUGCAGUUGGUUGGGCAGUGCCAGCUGCUGAUAAGCAAGAAAGUCAGAGUAAAGGCUGGGCUACUGGAAAGGGGGGUGAUGAUGUUACUGACAACUGCCAGAAUGACAGUUGGAAUAAACCGAGUUCUGUUUCUGCUGAUGGUGGAACUUCUUGGCCGAAGCAGGACAAUAAGUCAUCAUGGGGAAAAUCAGAGAGCACACCUUCAUGGAGCAAGCAGGAUGGUGGAUCCUCAUGGGGAAAGAAAGAGGAUGCAUCCCAAGAAAUGAGCUGGGGAAGUCCAAAGACAUUUGAUUCAGGUCGUGGUUCUGGGGGAAGGAGUGGCCGAGGAGGUGGUCGUGGAGGAAGGGAUAAUUAUGGGAGGGGAAGAUCUUUUGGUCAGGAUCAGUCAAGUAGCUGGAGUAAAGAAGGUCAAUUUGGUGGGUCAAACGAUGUUGGGAAAACUACAAGUUGGAGCAGCAACCCAGCAGGUGGUUGGGGAAAUCCUGUGCCUGAUGAGGGCAGUAAGGGUAAUGAUGGAUGGGGUAAACAAAAUGUGUCUGGGAAUAGUGAAGGAUCAGCAUGGAAUCAAGGAUCUAAUGCAAAUAAGGAUGUUGAUGGGCAGGGGUGGGGUAGCACAAAUGCUGAAGGGGAUAACAAGUCCAGUGGCUGGAAUGUAACCGAGCAAACUGGUGCAGCUGGUAGUGGUGACAGUAGUUGGGACAAAUUACAGAAGCCAAAUGAAAAUAACAAGUCUUCCUGGAAUGCUGCAGCCACUUCCUUGGAUGGGAAACCAAAUGAAAAUAACUGGGGAAGUCAGAAAGCUUCUGAGGAAAACAGUGGUUGGAAUCAGAGUUCUGCAGGCAAUGGAAACGGUGGGUCAAGCGGAUCAUGGAAUGUUGCAAAGAAUAAUGACAGUUCAUCUGGUGGAUGGAAGAAUAAUGAUAGUUCAUCUGGUGGAUGGAAGAAAAAUGACAGUUCAUCUGGUGGAUGGAAGAGUAAUGAAGGUUCAUCUAGUGGAUGGGGUCAAAGCAACUGGUCAAAUAAAAAUGGUACAUCUGAUUCUGCUGGGAACCAGGAUGGUACUUGGAGUAGUAAAGGCAAUUGGAACUCAGGUGGUGGCUUUAAUGACCGUAACAAUCAAGAUGAUGGCGGAAGAGGUGGAGGUUGGAGAGGUCGGGGUGGGAGAGGCGACCGUGGUGGUUUCCGAGGGAGAGGUGGAUCAGACAGUGGUGACUUUGGGGGUAGAGGUGGCCGAGGCAGGUAUGGAGGUGGAGGAUCUGAUAGGGGAGGAUAUGGUGGUAGAGGUGGGUCUGACAGAGAGGGGUUCCGGGGAAGGGGUGGCUUUAGGGGCAGAGGAAGAGGUGACUGGAAUAACAGAGAAGAUAAUUCAAAUCAGGACAGAUCCUCUAGCUGGGGUAGGGGUUCAAACAAUGGUGGUGAGGGGUGGAAGAGCUCUGGAAAUGCUAGCAGUUGGAAGCAGGGAGACGGUGGGGGUUCAAACAAUGGCGGUGAGGGGUGGAAGAGCACUGGAAAUGCUAGCAGUUGGAAGCAGGGAGAUGGUGGGGGUUCAAACAGUGGCGGUGAGGGAUGGAAGAGCACUGGAAAUGCUAGCAGUUGGAAGCAGGGAGAUGGUGGGGGUUCAAACAAUGGUGGAAAUAGUUGGGGUUCGAGCUGGAACCAACCAAAAGAUAAUGCUCAAACUGGGGGGUGGGGCAAGACUAAUGAAUCUAGCAAGGAUGCUGUGCAAAGUGGUGCUGGAGGUAGUGGCUGGGAAUCAGUUGGUGCUCCAGCUAAGGAAGUAUCCGGCUGGGGUACACCACCUGCUAAGAAGGAGACAAGCGGCUGGAAGACUGAUGAAACUCCGACUUCAGCUGAUACGAAGGAGAAAGCAACAGGAAGCUCUUGGGGAGCCCCCCCAGUAAAUAGUAACUCUUCAGGAGGCUGGAGCAAACCAGAAACUACUGAUGGAGUGCAAACUGGUGCAUCUUCUAAAAGUGAAGGACCAUCUGAUUCGUGGAGUAAACCUGCAACGGGUGCCUGGGGGGGAGCUCCCUCCACAAACACUAAUUCUACUAAGGACGACGAACCAUCCGGUCCAUGGGGUAAAGCUGCAACCAGCACCUGGGGUAGUGGAAGCGGAAGUGGAAGUGGCAAAGGUGGCUGGUGAGAGUAUCGAGGUAUUAGAUGACUGGAAAGAGCUGGAAUGUCACACCUCUAUAUUAACCAUGCUAUUUUAUGUUAUGGGACUAUCAUGACCAGUUUAGUAAAUUUAAGACUUAUCAAAUUUGGACAUGGCUUAGUGUUGUCAUGACUAAGUGAUUAACCGCGCAACGCUUUUGGUAAUUAAAGAAUAUAUGCGCUUUGUAUUUAUCCUUAAUUCUGAAUUAAGUUCUGAUCUUUUGUUGGUUCA